AUGAAGCGUGGAAGCGUUCGCAACCAGGAGGUUACGGACGCACAGGGCCGUCGACGCUUCCACGGAGCCUUCACAGGUGGCUUCUCGGCCGGUUACUACAAUUCUGUGGGUAGCCAGGAAGGAUGGACCCCCACAACCUUCUCAUCCUCCCGUGACAACCGCUCUUCGCGGGUAGAGCAACGUCCUGAGGAUUUUAUGGACGAGGAGGACGAUCCUCUACUGGGCAAACGACUGGAGACUACGGAGCACUAUGAUACGCUUCAAACGGGAGCCAAACGACGUCUUCAGCAGCAACCUGACCGAACUGAAGCCGCUAUCCCAGGCUUCUCGCUACCGGAAGACUGGGUCUUGCCUGUUAACGACUCUAUUGGAGCCAAAUUGCUUAAGCAGAUGGGCUGGAAAGAAGGACACGGCAUUGGACAACGAGUUCGGAAACGCAAAUUCCAAGACGAGAAAGAUACAGAGCAGGUUAAGCUCCUGAUGCUAGAUUCAAGUGAGGAGAAGACAGAGACGGAGCCACUGCAAGAAGAAGAAGUGUAUGUGCCUCCUCGCAAGAUGUUUGACGUACAGAAAUCCUUUCCAAAGCCAAAGUUGGAUCGAUAUGGAGCAGGGUUUGACCCGUAUAGGGAUGCACCAGAGUUCUCGAUGCACAGACAGCAACAGGAGGAGAAAGUGAAGGAGAAAGAAGGGUCUCAUCGUCAAAUGGUCUCGUUCUUGGACGCAUUGAAGACGACGGACGGCAGUAAUCGAGCGACGAGUGGAUAUGGCUUAAGUGCCCUGGAAGAAAACGACGAUAUUGACGUGUACGGGACGGUGUCUAUGUCCCAAUUUGACCGAGUUAUCGCUCCGCUUGGAGCUAGGAAAGAAGCUAAACGACUGGAUUCAUCGGCACAAGAGUCUCGUCGGUAUGAAAAGACGAGACGCAGCCGAGAGUUGUGCUCAGAUGGACGUGUUGUGCUGCCUGGCUUCGAGCUGGCGGUCUCCAAGGAGAAGCCACCCAAGGCAGUGAACUUGCGUCUCUCUGUACCGUCAGACUUCAAGGCAUAUCACCGCUUUGCCGACGAAGAUCAGAAAGGCAGUGGUGAUGACCUCCACCACUGCCUUUCACCAAUGACUGUCGGGUUUCGGGCUACUAUCUCUGCGUCUAUUGCAAAGAGAUUUGUGUCGUCAAAAUCGACUUUGGACGAGGAUAAAAAUGACGCAAUUAUUCCUGAACAACCUCAAGCUACGCUGUCGCGGAGGUCGCAGAGUUUGUGGAUUCCCAAGUCACUUCUGUGCAAACGCUUCCACACGAUAAAAAGCCAGACUUGUUUGAUAAGGAGAUUGUUCCGCAUUUGA